UCAACUCAUUUCUGUCUGAGGACCGCGAAUGACGUCACGGUGACGUCGCGCCGCUGACAACUCGGACGUCAGGUGACUUGAGGUGAGUGCGCGCUGCCACUGCAGAGGCGCGCGUCACACUGCAGGGGAGGACCCGGCGCGCGCCUGCUCGCCCCCGACACCUCGUCCCACUGCAGACUUCUUUCCCCGGGCGGAGGAGUCGGAACCCAGCGAGCAGCGAUGGCCGAGUGGGGGUUCCCGCGUCUGCGCCGGGCCGCGACUUCCUUCCCAGGCAACCUGCACUUGGUCCUGGUGCUCCGCCCCUCCACCUUGCUAGGCUCCGCCCCCAGCCCGUCCUCAAGCACGGACCUGGGCUUCCGCUUCAGCCAGGAUGACUUCCUGUUGAAGAUGCCGGCGGUGAUGCUGCGCUCGGUGGGCGACCUCCUGCGCUACAUCGACGACAACCGCCUGACGUCAGGGUUGUGCGGCACCGCCGAGCGGUGUCGCAGCGACUGGAUCGUGCUGCGAUCGGCCAUCGAGACGUUUGCCGUGACGGUGAAGGAGGUGGCACAACUCCUGCAAGGUUUCGGUUCGGAGUUGUCGGACGGCGAGCUCCCCGACGAGGCCAACGCCAUCGACUUCCUGCUGCGCUCGCACACGCAGCGGUAUCGCCACAUGAAGAGCGACAUCCGAGGGGUCCUGAAGGAAGGUCGCCUCCUGCUGGACAACCUGGAGACACUGAAAGUGUCCAAGAGGACCGUGGAGGACCAGAAAGAGGAGGAGGAGGAGGACGUCCAAGCGGACAUGGACACGGUUCAAAGGCUGCUGGCUCAGCUGCGAGACAUGGAGGAGGCCUUUGAUGGUUUCUUUGACAAGCACCACCUGAAGAUGCAGCAGUACCACCAGCUCAUUCUCUACGAGAGCAGCUUCCAGCAGAUGGAGGAGGAGCUGGAGAAGAUCUCAGCUGAGGAGAAGGCCAUCUUGUCGGUCGGCAGCACGCUGAUGCACACUGAACAGCUGCUGAAGGACCUCAACACGCUGGACCAACGAGCACAGGAAGGGAUGGCGCGCGCUCAGGUGCUGCUGCUGCACGGACACCAGCUGGCCGCCAACCAUCACUACGCCUUGGCGCUCAUCAUUCAGCGCUGCAACGAGCUGCGACAUCACUGUGACGUCAUCACCAGCGGCGUGCGCAGCAAGCGAGCGUCGCUCACCCGCACACGGGACCUGUUGCUGCGCCUGGACGAGGCGCUGCGCUGGUGUGACGAGGGCGCGUACCUGCUGGCCAGUCAGAUGGUGGACAAGUUCCAGACCAGGGAAGGAGCCCAGGAGGCCUUGCACUACCUGAGCUGCCACCAGGAGAGGGCGCCACCUGUCAUUAAGAACAAGCAAGACUUCCCCAGUCUGGAGUUUGAGGCUAUCCUCACCCCGCAGCUGCAGGACCAGAUCUCCAUGGUGAUGGACAAGCUGACGUCCGUGCAGGCCAUGAUGCGAAACAGGGAGCAGUGUCUCAGGAAGAUGGCCGACGUGCGGGUCAGACCCGUCCAGCUGGUGGCGCCGCGGCCUGAAGCCGAGCAGACUCUUCAGCGCUGCAAGUCGCCCCUCUUCACCCCCAAGCAUGGCGUGGACUUCAACCUCCUCAACUCCAAGUUCUCCUUCGACCUUCUUCCUGGCAAGAGAACUUCAAGGAGGAGCGGCGGCCAGCGCAAGAUUGAGGUGAUGCACGACUACCAUGGCAACCGCAGUACUCUGUAUGGCUCCGCCCCCGACACCGACUCGGAGGCGGAGGACAAUCCUGAACAAAUCACACGUCGCGUCAUGAAGGAACUGAUCUACACGGAGAAGAUCUACGUGGACGAGCUGCUCGCCGUGCUGCUGUCUCCUAUUGUGCAUCCUUGUCUCUUAGCUGGAAUCCUUGUAUCCUAUCUUGCAUCCUUGUGUCCUAUCCUGACUCCUUGUCCCCUAUCUUGCAUCCUUGUCUCCCAUCCUGCCUCCUUGUGUUCUAUCUUACAUCUUUUUCUCCUUUCCUUCCUCCUUGUCCCCUAUCUUACUUCCUUAUUCCCUUUCCUGCCUCCUUGUGUUCUAUCUUACCUCCUUAUCUCCUUUCCUGUCUCCUUGUCCUCUAUCUUACAACCUUGUCUCCCGUCCUGCAUCCUUGUGUUCUAUCUUACCCCCUUAUCCCCAUUCCUGCCUCCUUGUCCCCUAUCUUACCUCCUUAUUCCCUUUCCGGCCUCCUUGUGUGCUAUCUUACAUCCUUAUCUCCUUUCCUGUCUCCUUGUCCUCUAUCUUACAUCCUUAUCUCCUUUCCUGCCUCCUUGUGUUCUAUCUUACAUCUUUUUCUCCUUUCCUGCCUCCUUGUCCCCUAUCUUACCUCCUUAUUCCCUUUCCGGCCUCCUUGUGUGCUAUCUUACAUCCUUAUCUCCUUUCCUGUCUCCUUGUCCUCUAUCUUACAUCCUUAUCUCCUUUCCUGCCUCCUCGUGUUCUAUCUUACACAUUUUUCUCCUUUCCUGCCUCCUUAUUCCCUAUCUUACCUCCUUAUUCCCUUUCCUUCCUCCUUGUCCCCUAUCUUGCUUCCUUAUCCCCAUUCCUGCCUCCUUGUCCCCUAUCUUACAUCUUUUUCUCCUUUCCUGCCUCCUUAUUCCCUAUCUUACGUCCUUCUCUCCUUUCCUGCCUCCUUAUUCCCUAUCUUACCUCCUUAUUCCCCUUCCUGCCUCCUUGUCCCCUAUCUUACAUCUUUUUCUCCUUUCCUGCCUCCUUAUUCCCUAUCUUACCUCCUUAUUCCCCUUCCUGCCUCCUUGUCCCCUAUCUUACAUCUUUUUCUCCUUUCCUGCCUCCUUAUUCCCUAUCUUACCUCCUUAUUCCCUUUCCUGCCUCCUUGUCCCCUAUCUUACGUCUUUUUGUCCUUUCCUGCCUCCUUAUUCCCUAUCUUACGUCCUUCUCUCCUUUCCUGCCUCCUUGUCCCCUAUCUUUACAUCCUUGUCUCCCAUCUUGCCUCCUUGUCUCCUACCUUAUGUCCUCGUCUCCUGCCUCCUUGUCCCCCAUCUUACAUCCUUGUCUCCCAUCUUGCCUCCUUGUCUCCUACCUUAUGUCCUCGUCUCCUGCCUCCUUGUCCCCCAUCUUACAUCCUCGUCUCCCAUCCUGCCUCCUUGUCCCCUACCUCACGUCCUCGUCUCCCAUCCUGCCUCCUUGUCCCCCGUUGUCAAGGGUUACCGAGCAGAGAUGGAGGAUCCGUCCAUGGCGUAUCUACUUCCGUCUCUCCUCCUGAGUCAGAAGGACAUCCUGUUUGGCAACAUGCCAGAGAUUUACCAGUUUCACAGCAGAAUCUUCCUGCAGGAUCUUCAGCGUUGUCUGGACACACCGGAGAGGGUGGGGGGGUGCUUCCUGCUGCGGAAAGACAAGUUCCAGGUGUACGAGCGCUAUUGCCAGAACAAGCCUCGCUCUGAGUCGCUAUGGCGACAGUGUUCUGACUCCGCCUUCUUCCAGGAGUGCCAGAAGAAACUGGAUCACAAGCUGGCCUUGGACUCGUACCUCCUGAAACCGGUCCAGCGCCUCACCAAGUACCAGCUCCUCCUCAAGGAGCUCCUCAAGCACUGCACGCAGCUGCAGUACCGCACACAACUCCAGGAGGCGCUGGACUGCAUGCUGGACCUGCUUAAGUCCCUCAACGACUCCAUGCACCAGACCGCCAUCACCGGAUACCAGGUCGACCACGGGCAGAAAUGUUGUAGUUCUCGAUUAGUCCACAAGGGGGAGACAUUUAUGAUCUCAUUAUUACUUCCCGUUUAUUAUUCCAUUCAUUUCCACACCGUACGCCGUUAUGAGAGCGAUGACGCAAUGUUUCAGGGCGACCUGGGCGGUCUGGGCCGGGUGCUGCUGCAGGGCGGCUUCAGCGUGUGGGUGAGCCACAAGAGGGCGGCGGUGCUGGCCCGCUUCAAGCCCAUGCAGAGACACGUCUUCCUCUACGAGCGCGCCCUGCUCUUCUGCAAGCGGCGGGACGAGCGCACGCCCGUCUACAGCUUCAAGUCCUGCCUCAGGAUGGACUCCGUGAGAGUGACGGAAAGCGUCAAAGGAGACGGCAAGAAGUUUGAAAUGUGCGACACUGCAGGACACGAAGUCUACGUCCUGCAGGCCCCGAGUGUGGAGGUGAAGGACACCUGGCUGUCAGAACUUCAUAAAAUCAUCAGUCAGCAGCAAAAAGGACAAGUUGCUGGCGUGUCAGAGCCCCUCUUCUCCGACAGUGCGUCCGAGGUGUGUGUCUCGUGGGGCGGAGCAUCGUCGGGAGGCUGCUCAGCGUGUCUUCCUGUUACUCACAGCUCGUCGGCCACAAGCCACGCCCACCGAUGGGAGGAGUUUGUGCACACCAGCCCCGCCCACUCCGAUCCCGUGGUCCACUCGCCUCGCCGCGGUUGGCCCGUCGCCGCUCACUCGGUCGCCAUCUGCGACGGCCUGGAGGACUGGGGCGCCACGGACCUGUCGGACUCCGAGGACGAGGACGACCUCCCCGCCCCUCUGGUGCCGGGCCGCUACCGAGUGCUGGUGGCGAGCAGCAUGGCCAGCAGCGAUGACAUCAUCUUCAACUGCGGCGACGUCAUCCAGCUGAUGCACGAGGACGUGUCGGGAAUGUGGCUGGUGAGGAACGUGAGCCGGGGCGAAGAAGGCCGCGUCCUGCCCGAGGACCUGCACAGGAUUCUGGGAGAGACGUGCUGAGAGCCAAUCAGAGCGGAGACAUCUUCCUCACUCCGAGCACAACACAUCGUCGUCACCCCCAACAGGAAGUCGUGCCAAACUCUUUCUUUCCGCUUGUUUGCUAGCUAGAAGAAAAAAAAGGGGGCGGGGCUUCACAAGUGCCUUAAACGAGAGGAGUUGUGCCCUCUUCCGACCUAGGAUUUAGACUCCUCCCCCAGCCUGCCUCGCACUUUGUUCGUUUCCAUGCUCGCACUAGGAUUUUCACAAUAAAAGCACACGAUUGUUUAAA